UCACGCAGUAACUGGAAUCACUACGAGAAGAAAGCGUGAGGCGCUCGGUGUAGCGUCCAGUUGCAAGCGUGGAGUGUGGUGGCAGUGUGUGCGUUUUCGCUUGUGUGUCGAACAGCAUUCGCGGAUGUAAAUAUCGCCUACACGGGGAAAAGAGCUUGUUACAGUUCUGCAGACCAACGGAAAUGCUAAAAAUUUUGUGUAUUAUCAGGAACUGCUGAGAGGAAAUUAAUUCAGGGGUUGUUUUCUGACGCCAUCUUGAUCGUGUGCUGUCAACAUGUAUAAAUUAUUGGGAGGGCUGAAGGAAUACCUGAAGUGGCAGGACAUCGUUACUGAUAAUGCCAUUUUCAGACUUCAUAACUUGUUCACCACAGUUUUGCUACUGACAUGUUCUCUCAUUAUUACGGCCACGCAGUAUGUUGGCAACCCCAUACAUUGCAUUGUAAAUGGAUUACCAGUCAGGCCAAUAAACACGUAUUGUUGGAUUACAUCAACGUUUACGAUGCCGGAUGCUUUCCUAAGACAAGUGGGCAGUGAAGUGGCACACCCUGGAGUCGCAAACGACUUCGGCGACGAAGAUGCCAAGAAGUAUUACACUUACUAUCAGUGGGUGUGUUUCGUGCUUUUCUUUCAAGCUAUGUUAUGCUAUACUCCGAAGUGGAUAUGGGACAGCAUCGAAGGAGGAUUGUUAAGAACUCUGAUCAUGGGUUUAAAUCGUGGACUGUGCCAAGAUGACGAGAAAUGUAUGAAGAAGAAGGCCUUAAUUGAAUAUCUGUUACGUCAUAUCAAGAGACACAACAUGUACGCACUGAAAUACUGGUUCUGUGAAACUUUGUGCCUGGUAAACAUAAUUGGCCAGUUGUACCUAAUGAACCACUUCUUUGAUGGAGAGUUCUUCAGUUAUGGCUUGCGUGUGGUGGCAUUCUCAGAACAGUCUCAAGAGGAACGUGUUGACCCAAUGGUUUAUGUGUUUCCGCGUGUAACAAAGUGCACAUUCCACAAAUAUGGUGCUUCAGGCUCUAUACAGAAACAUGAUUCACUUUGUGUACUUCCUCUCAAUAUAGUCAAUGAGAAAACUUACAUUUUCCUGUGGUUUUGGUACAUUAUACUAGCAGCACUUUUAUCUGUACUAGUUGUUUAUAGAGCAGUUAUUUUAGCUGUACCUUCUGUACGGCCAAUACUAUUGCACGCACGUAACCGUAUGGUACCAAAGGAGGUCACAAAUGCAAUAUGUCGUAAGACAGAUGUUGGAGACUGGUGGAUUCUGUAUAUGCUUGGACGUAACAUGGAUCCUAUGAUUUAUGGAGAAGUUAUAGCUGACCUUGCAAAGAAAAUUGAGACUCCUUCGAGUAAUAAUCCUUGACUGAAGUGUUACUGACUCUACUCAAAAAUUCAGUUGUGCUUCAUACUCAAGAUGUUGACUGAAUACGGUACUGCCAUACUGUGUUGUCACUAUUAUUGCACCUGGUAAUUAGAAUAAAUUUGUAAUGAAAUAUUUUGUGUUGUCUAUGCUAUUUCAGUUGGCUCAUUCUGGUUUUCUAAAGCAUGUGGCAUGUGUAAUUAAUCAUUUUGAAGGCAAUUUAGGAUUGUAUGUGAUCUGACAAAGAGUCGGCUUUUUAUAAUUUAUAUAAUUUUUGUGUGUGUAACUGUAUUACUACAUCAGCUAUAAUUUUCAGUAAAUGAAACACCAACUGAAGAGUAUUAUUUAUAUUAUUUUCUUGUAACUGUGCAGUCAUUUCCUGCACAUUCGUAAGACACUAAGAUACAUUUCAUACAUGUAUUUCAUACUUGUUUCAUUCCACAAAUUUUAAGGAAUUAUGUGACUGACGUGAUUUCCUUCCCCAUCUUCUUGCCUCGGAGUUCUUUGCUUUGAAACUGCUUGUUUCUAAAGUGAAAUAAAAUUAUGUAUUAUCUAUUGGUAGUAAGUACAAAAUUUUUAAAAUCUUUGUCAUUUAUACUCUCUUUUAUAAAGUAUAAUCAGCUAUUUUUGAUAAAAAAAUUUACAUGUAUUCAGCAUUGAUGAACUUUGUAUUAACUGUUUGAAACUAUGACUGUAGAUUUUUUUAUGGCACAAUUGCUAAUGCAAUGAAUUAAAGAUCUGUUUCUUGUACAGCUGUUUAGUGUUCAGUGUAUGAUCUGAAAAUCUCCUGCUAAAUUCCUGUACAAAUGUAAUAACACAAUAAUUAUGCAGUGUUGGCAGUGAUGUUAUCAAACAGACUGUCCAGAAAUGCAAAGUGAGCAUAAUAAUGUAAGCUUUCGAUGUGUUCCUGUUACUGGAAGGAGAGCUAACCUUUCAUAUUUGCUCAAGUUGAAAAUGAAGCAGUGAUACAGAAAACUGACUGACAUUACCUAAGAGCUUUGCUCUGUUGGUGAGUACAUCACCACUGAUUAUAAUUAAAUGGAAACUUGGUGCAAAUUUCUGUACAAAUCAUUUUGGUGUGAAAACAACAGAUUUGUAAUUAGUGAUUGCAUACAUGCUUAAUACGUUUCAUAUAUGUAAUAUCCACUGCCUAUGAUUGUUCUGUAAUGAUUGUUAUAUUGUCUGUUUCAGUAUCAUGUGAUAGCUUGUGCGAAUCUUUUUUCAAAAGAAUCUUGCCACAUAGCUCACAUGUUUAACAAAGCGUGCUUCCCACUGCUUAAAUCUGAAAUGUAUUCAGAACUACUCCAUUUAUAAUGUUAGAAGGUUCAGUAAGAUUUCUUUCGAACCAUUUUCUAGCCUCUGUUAUUUUGAGGUGAUGGGAGUUUACUAUUGUUAAGACAAAGUUUGCACAUUGUAAAAUUACAGAAUAGGGCAAUUUUGUUACUAUAAGUCUGAUACAAGUAUUUACAGGAAGUACCAUUUCCUUCAUUAUUUCCUAUUAUAUAUGAUAUUAUAGACUUCCACUUUUCAGCUUUCCCAUGAGAUGUCUUUCAUCGUACUGGUAGUUGUUAUAUUUAAUACUGAGCAUAGCAAGUGUAAACCAAAAACAUCAAAAUAAAAUAAUUAAUAAAAAGAGAGAAUGCAUGUGCAGAAGUAUCACAGAUAUUCUAGUUGUACUAUGAGGAUCAUCUAAAUUUUACAGACACCACAAACUUUUCAAAGACAAUGCAACAUAAAUUGUAGUGACAUCGCUCCCACAAGAAUACUACUUGUUUUAAUGGAGGUACCAGUGCUGUGGUUGGUAGCUCAUUUGUCUGGUUCAGAGAGAGGCGGGGUCACCAAUGCUGCCAUUGGAAUGUUUUAUUUACAGUGGGUUUUGUGUUUUUUUUGUACCAGGGGUAUUGUAAAAAAUACAUUAUUUAACUGCACUGAGUAAACUAUCCUGGCAUAUUUAAACAGAAUUUCUACUUAAGUUGACUGUGUAUGCUUGGAUACUCCUAUGGGAAACAUAUUGCCAAGCAGGAAACAUUGACUUUUUGUGAGCAGAAUUUCAUGUAGCAUUCAUUAUCAAGCUGUAAGACCAGUUAUUGAUAGUGGCCCUUUCUCUCAAAAUUUUCAUCAGUGUUUCACUGGAAAUACUGAGAGUGAAUGAAUCUAUCAAUUUAUUAAACUGUUAUGUUUGAUCUUUCUUUCAUUCUUAACAUGUACUAUUAAUAGCGUAAUAUUUUCCACAAGUUUAUGGCAGUCUUAUAAAGUCUUAGUUUAACAUUUUACCGUGUUUAGUCACAUUAUUCUCGGCAGCCAGAGAAAGUUAGUGGCAAUCUAACCUUUUCAAAAUACUGUUAAGUUUUGCAUGUGAUGACUAAUCACCUAUAUUUACUUUGGAAAUUAUUAUUUUUUUUUUGUGCCUGAGUGCCAUACCUGUCACCACAUUGUAACUCAGGAUGAAAGAGUUGUGUAUGCUUCCUUUCUGUGACUUGUGUAAAUUUUAAUGUUUUUAUUGUCAUCUUUCAAUAGUUUGCGUGAAAAACUACCUGUAAAAUACACCCUGCCUUGCCAGUUUACCAAACCAUUGGUUGUUACUCUGGUGUGCUAAUCAAUCAGUGUGACCCAUCUUGUCUUGCAAGCACGCACACUGCACUUUAAAUUAUACAAGGUCAAUUAAUUUAACAUUUUUCUCAACAACAUAUUUCAGUUUGUGCUUCAUUUUUGCAGCUGUGCAUUUAAUAGUUCCUACUAUGAUAGCUGAAAAUGGUAUGCACACAUAAAAUACAUAUUGUGAUGUCAAGUUGUAGGCCUUCUAGUCUUUAUUAGUAUUGGUAUAUACUCCGUGCUGCUUCCCAGGCUUGAUACUAUUAGCAGUGUGACCUUUUCUCAUGCAACGAUGUCUGCCCUGCAUAAAGUAAGCAAUUGCGACUUGAACACACUACACAGCAGUUAUCUUUAGUUAUUACAGGAAAAGCACUCUGCAGAAAAGACAUUCUGAAGAUCAGAUUUAGACAUGCAACUGUCCCACUAAUAAAUUUUUGUGUUGGUCAUACAGCCUUAAAAGUGUGGUCCUGAACAAUUACAAGAAUUUUCAGUUUAUUGAUAACUUUGUCAAGUUAAUGUUUUUUUAAUGUUCUCUGUAAACACAUAAAUUACAGUUUCUUUAUUUUUUUAUGUAUAUCACAUUUCACUGACUUACAUCAGACUGAUUGUAAAGUUUCUGGAAACUGACUGAACAUUAUAAGACAUUGCACAAAAUGUGUCUCUUUGAAUGGGAAUUGGUUCAUAGCAAAACUUACUGAUGAUGAUCAGUAAGCUUUGUAAAAUUCUGAUAUUGUGUCUAAUCUUCUAUCACGUGUCAGUGUGUGGAGCUUUAUCUGGUUUGUUUGUUCUCUCUCUCUCUCUCUCUCUCUCUCUCUCUCUCUCUCUCUCUCUCACACACACACACACACACACACACACACACACACACACACACACAUGCACACUUGCAUGGGCACUUUUUCUGUGUUCCAUUAUGCACAUGGAGACUGGCUUCACUGCUGAAGAAUAGUAGUAAUAAUUGAGAUCAUAUGAAAUUAGAAGACUUACGAAAUCUAAAAUGGGUAUGACGCUAGGUCAUUGGUGUUACUGUCAUGAAGACAGAAGGAGACUGUGACAGCUGCUGGUUGAUAAGUUUCUUUGUUUAAGAUUUGGCACCAUAUGGAUUAAAUUCACCAUUAUUGCUACCUUUAAGUUAAAAAGUUUAAGGACAAAUUUCUUUCAGUGUUUUUAUAGACAUUUUUGUAACAGAAACUAAAACAUUUUAAUCAUUUACAGAUUUUGAAAUUUAUACAGUCACUCUGACAGUCUUACAUUGAAUACAAACUUUAAACAUGACUACAGGAUUGCUACAUUACAUUAGUCUUAUCUUAAUGUGUGUUAAUUUUCUACAUUAAGUAGCAGCAAAUAACCUUCAAUCCAUGACAAGUUUCUUUAACAGAAUGGUAACUCAUUAGUGCAGCAGUUUUCAUUUCUUUAGUUGUGACUCGUUAUUGUGAAUGUUCGUUGGUGUUUGCACCACAACUUCUCUGAGAUUGGUAUAUUCUGUGCUUGUUACACCAGUGUUGGUGCUUCAGUUCUGUAAUAAGUGUUGGAAGAUAAUUAUAAUUUGAACUAAAAGUUCCUGAAUUUUAAACAUUUAUUUAUAUGCCACAGAGAACUCUUUAAUUAAUCAGAACAUAUUUUCCUGUGUUAGUCAUGCCAAAAUAAUUGUUAUUUUUAAACAUAUUGUAUAAUUUUUUGCAAUAAAUAAGGUUUAAAAUUA